ACACGCAACUCCGUUCCGCACAGGCACAGCCCCGCCGCUUCCGCCCAUGGUUUAGCCACGGCAGGCAGGCAGCCAGCCCCGGGCGGCCGCGCGCCGUCGGACGAACACGCGAACGCCGCUCCGGGGACGCGUUCCAACUUCCAGCGCCACGAGCCCCGUUCCGGCCGGUGAGGCAGCGAAACCACGCGUCGGUUCGAGGAACGGCUGCGGCGGGGCUCGCGCUCGCGCUCGCUGACGUACCCGGUACCCCGGCCCGGACGCAGCAUCGCACGAGAAAAGGGUUGGCACCGCGCGACCACCAUUCAAACCGACCCAAACGGACGCCCUUUUUCCGUCCCUCCUCCUCCCUCAGCCCGCCCCACCCCAGCCGGAGCACGGGUACUCACCGCUGCCAGCUUCCUGAUCUGUGCCCGUGACGAGCUUGGCUGCUGCCAACGUUGUCUUCAACCUCGCACACAAAUCGAGCCCACACAACCACAGCGGCAGCACAGGUGCCGUCCGCCUCCAUCCGCGCCACUCCAGUUCCUCAUCCCCGGUCGCCGUGUUCGCCGCCGCCUCGCCGGAUCUUGUUCCGUGCGCCGGCGCGGAACCCAGUGGCAAUUAACCAUCCGGUUGAUUUGGGAGGGUGGAGAGGAUGGGGAGCGCCAGCGCCUUCGUCAUCAGGUGGAUCAACUUCUUCACCAUGAUACUGGCACUACUGGUGGUGGGUUUCGGAUUCUGGAUGAGCACGCACAAUGACGAGUGCAGACGGUCCUUGACGAUCCCUGUCAUGGCUCUCGGAGGAGUAAUCUUUAUCAUAUCGCUUGUGGGAUUCCUUGGUGCUUGGAAGAACAUUUCUUGCUUGCUCUGGACAUACCUAAUCACGCUGUUCGUGGUCUUGGUGGCAAUCAUGGUGUUCACGGUGCUUGCGUUUAUCAUAACAAAUACAGGAACUGGUCAUGCUGUUCCUGGGGCUAGAUAUAAAGAGUACCGUCUUCAGGAUUACAGCUCCUGGUUUGUCAAACAGCUCAAUGACACGGAAAAAUGGACUCACCUGAGAAGUUGCCUAGUGAAGUCAGACGAUUGUAAUAACUUGUCAAAAAGAUACAAGACUCUGAAACAAUACAGGCUUGCAGAUCUUACUCCCAUGGAGUCAGGUUGCUGCCGCCCACCGGCAGAGUGUGGGUACCCAGCUCUGAAUGCCUCCUAUUUUGAUCUGAGCUAUCAUCCUGUGAGCACUAACGUUGACUGCAAACUGUACAAAAAUGCGCGCUCUGUCAGGUGCUACGACUGCGAUUCUUGCAAAGCUGGGGUUGCACAGUACAUGAAGAUGGAGUGGCGAGUGGUUGCCAUCUUCAAUGUGAUGUUGUUUGUCAUUCUGUCGUUCGUGUACUUUGUUGGCUGCUGCGCACGUCGAAACGCUGGAGGUAGUGAUACAAAGGUUCGUGGAAGAUGAUAAGAUGAAGCGCAAGAGUUAACGUUGCUAUUCCUUGUAACAUUGUUCCAUCAAGUUCCUUUGGUGCAAUACUUAUCUGCUGCGGGAUGACAUUCUUUGUUGCAAUUGGGUUGUGAACAUCUUGGGAAAGAAGAAUGCCAUUUUCACUCCUGAAAAUACAGCUCUGAAUGAUCUCAUGACAACUUUCAGAUUCAUUACGAGGCUAACAAUGACAGGUUGACAGGGCAAAGACAGACGCUGGUAUCUGACACUUAUUUUUAAGUCAUAAAUCUACGCUUCCUGUGGCAAUAGUUGCUCAACAGAUCUCAAAAUUGAGCAUUAUCUCUGCUGACAAAAUCAUGUCUAAGGCAAUCAAUGGCACGAUACAUAGCCAUAUACGUGGGCAUCAAUCUCUGCCGAAGUGCUUUCUAGUAGGAAGCUAAAUAAAAAUGGUUAAUAGAAAGU